ACUGUGAAGAAAACUAACAUGAUUAAAACUGGAUUUGAACACUGACAGAGUUCCUGUAGGUAUUAAGAAUUAGCAGUAGCAGCUGUUGCACUCCCCAUUAGUGGAGAAAGCAAAGAAUUUUUGCUUUAAAGGAUGUUUGCCUGACAGGCUGAAGGAGAAAAUUGCUGGGAGCCUGAAGGAUCAUGUGGCCCAAGGUAGAAGAUGAGAUGAAAGCCCAGGCUCUUUUUGUUGUGUGGACCUUUACAGUUCUUUGCUUGGUUUCAUACUCUGCUGCAUUCUCCCAUGGUGCCAGUCUUUCUGCAUGUACUGACAUGAGACCCAAACACAUCAGAGCUCACCUUCAGGACCAGCACAAUAACUAUAUUACCCUCCACACCAAUAUGUCUCUCUUCUUUCCAGGUGACAAAGUACCGGUCACAGUGAGAAGCACACGCGAUUUCAUGGGCUUUAUGCUGCAAGCUCGCAGAGUAUCGAAUGAUCAAAUUGCUGGCAUUUUUGUUUACAUUCCUCCUGGCUCCAAACUCCUGACUUGUUUUGAAGAUGGUGAUACUGUUACCCACUCAGACAAGUCACUGAAAAGAAACCUGUCCUUCGUGUGGAAGGCCCCUGAUCAGCCUGUUGGAGACAUCCGGUUCUUUUUAUCAGUAGUCCAGUCCUACUUUGUUUACUGGGCAAGAAUUGAGUCUUCUACAGUGUAUCAACAAAUGCAAAACAGAACCAUGGCUGACCACAGUGUAGCCUCCAGUGCUAUAAAGCCAACACUUUUUCAGGAGCCUAUUGAUCUGGAAGGAGGAUCUACUACAGGUUCCUCUCCAUACACCAUCUCAACUCAGUUUGCGAAUGUAUCAUCUACCAGUCUGACUCAGACUGCAGCAACACUGGUUUUGGAUCCAGCUUAUAGCAGACAGCAAACAUCGGAGCUCUCUAGCAAUGGAAGUCUUCUGUCUGAAUCCCUAGUAGAUUCUGUCACUUCACGUGCCGUCAGGCAAACUGGAGAAAGGCAACACAAUGGAAGUGGCGUAGCUGGUGAUCUGCUGGAAUCCUCCCUUCAGUUUCAGGACCUUGGCUUCAGAACACGAGAUUAUUUCUCUACACACAGCACAUUCAACAGGACAGAAAAUGCCUCCAGUAUUCCCAAGUCAUCACUGUGUUCAGCGUGUACAGACGGCACAGAGGUGGUUUCUAGAUCUUCUAUCCUGGGUUUAUGGAAUUCUGCACUCCCCAUGACAGCUUCACCUUUGAUCCAACUUUGGGACUCUUCAUUGCUUUCAGGAGUGGGAGCAACAUCAGGACAUUUAGGUAAAGAAAAGGACUCUGAUUCCUCCCAGGGUUUAUCAGCAUCAUGGCAAAUGGUGAAGGAAAACCCAGUGACACAGAAAGGUCCAGCCAACUUCCUGCCUCAGGCAGAAUUUACUGCUCAUGGCCAGGAAAAAAAGGAGAAAGAGGUGAAUACACUCCUGAAGGUAACAACAGCAGCAACUAAAGCCAGUGUUCCUGGAGAUGGAGGCGCAAAGCCAGGCCGAAAACCACAGCUGGUUGCUGCUCAACUUGGUGUCCUCCUUGGAUGUUCUGUUGUCCUUGGCAUGGUAGUGGCUAUCAGUUUGCGUUGCAUCCACUCCCAGUACUGUCAUAAGCGAACAGAGGUGUCUUUUAGUGAGCCAGAGAACAAUGUGAUUGCCUUGAGAGAGAGUGGGGAGAUGAUGCAUUUCAGAAAGAUACGAGAAAACAGCUUUGUCCUGGUCCAGGCAGAGUACAACUGGAUCAAUCCAUCCAGUAGUGGUAAAAAAGCUGUCAUCUAGGUGUCUGCCCAGUUACCUUUUUAUAUUCUUGAUGAGCUGAGCCUUUGAUAAAAAAAAAAAUGAAUAAAAAUUAAGAAAACCAAAUUUGGAGCAAUUGCCUAAUGCCAUUUAAGCAAAUAUAGUCAAAAGUGAGGAAAGAUACACAUAUUUUUAUUACAAUGCAGAGACAUCUUAGCUUGAUUGCAGAUAACAUGUAGAUGUUUUGAGUUUUGGACCUCAUUUAAAUAGGAACAGAUGCUUUGUUUAAAAUCUUAUACUUAAUACAAUUAAUAUUGAAUGCUUGCUCAUUAAACUGGAUUGUUGCA